GGAUGGAGCCGCUGCGACGUGUCAGCUGCAGCCUGCCGACCAAGUGACCAGCAGGGCUACGACCGAUCCAAGUGCCCGUGAAUGAGUGUGUGACCCGCCAGCCAAUGACUGAGCACCGGAUACGAGACAUCCGCUGGAACAACAGGCGCUCUGUCCUGUCUUGUCCCCACCACCACCGCCGCCGCUCUCCUCCCCCACCAUAUUGACGACAUUUACAGCCCCGAUCCAAAACCUCAUCCCCGGACACCGCGAGGGGGAAAGCGAUUCACGAGGAGGACAAAACACUUCUCAAAACUUCUUGGAUUUACCAAACGAAACUUUUUGGGUCGGCUUUGGGACUUGUGCAUACUUUUUUUUCCGUUUCCGCAAAACGAAGUGGAGUAAGCUGUCUUUUUUUGUCUCCCUCUUACGACGUAUGAAAGUUGUCUACCCGGUUGCUGUUUAGUGCGCAUGCGCAAAACAUGGGAUAAACAGCGCUGUUGUUGUUGGUUUUACGGACAAACUUUCUUGAAAACCUAAACGGAUAUUUAAGUGUUGAAAGCCCGGAUUUCAGAUGUUUCCCAUGCAAGCCCGAGUGGCUCUUCAGUCGCACGAUGGAUCCCAGAAAUACGAGCUUCAGCGACGGGGGAGGAGGACACCGCAGGUGGUCAUUGCAGGACGAUGGGAGGCUGCAGGCGAGGCCUUGGCAAGCCCACGAUGGUGCGCUGGCAUUAGAUGAAAUGAGGAGAACUGGGAACCGCAAUGAGUACACAGAAGGACCCACGAGGACUCCGGUCUCACAGAAGAGUGACCCAGUUACGUCACAAUUUUCCAGUAUUCAUCAGGACACCCAGGAAGAGAGUAGGCCCACUGAUGUUCACAACCUACAUGCAGACACAAACGUCAUGUGGUCCGCCAGCACGGAGGACUGUCAGAGUAGGGACGCUGGCUCAGGUCAGAGGGUCCUCGGCAUCAUGGGAAGUGGUGACCAGAUAAUCAGUGCCCAGCCCAUACCAGCAGCACAAAUUUCAAAUGAGAAAAUUGCAAAUGAAGAGCCAAAGUUGUUAGCGGCUGUGCCCAGCAGCGGCGAGUGUAAAAGCGCCGACACGCACUCCAAGUGCGAGCGCUGCAAUCGGUGCCGCUGCCCCGAAUGCGGGCACCCUCGGCCCCUGCCCUCCUGCUGGGUGUGCGGCGGGCGUUGUGUAUGUUCCGUACAAGACGCGGUGGAGUAUUGUACGUGCGUGUGCUGUGUCAAGGGACUGUUCUACCACUGCUCCACCGACGAUGAGGAUACGUGUGCGGACAAGCCCUUCUCUUGCACACAGGAACGCUGCUGCAUCCGCUGGACCGCCGUGUCCUUUCUGGCCAUUAUCUUCCCAUGUCUCCUGUGCUACCUUCCAGCUCGAGGAUGCGUCGCGGCGUGCCAUAGCUGUUAUGACCGAGCUACGCGGCCCGGCUGUCAGUGCAAGAACGCAAUCCACUUCCAGGCUGUGAGCAAGCCAACGUAGAACGUGUGUGUGUUGUGUGUGUGUUGUGUGUGUGUGUGUGUGUGUGUGUGUGUGUGUGUGUGUGUGUGUGUGAGAGAGAGUGACUACGUUUACAUGCAAAAAUCAGCCAGGUUACUUUUGGGCUCUACUUGCAGUGGGUUCAAUUAACCUUUGGCCUAACCACAUUUCUCAUAAUACGUUAGGGAGAUUUGGCUUUAGGCUGAAAUGUCAGGAUGGAAAAAAAAAUGCCCAAUAACAUUUACAGGUCAACUUAAUUUGACCAUUUCUGAACUUUUGCACAAUGUCCAACUGUUGCGUGUUUCCGUACCUUUUGCAUAGCUUAAUGUUCUCUAGCAAGGAGCUGAAAAUUCACACCUGUUUGAUACGUAUAGGACUGCCUUUCUGUGAGUCCUCCAGUCUCUCUGUUACAAGCCGAUGAUGACACACUGUGACACUCGUAAGUUCAGUUGCCACUUCCCUAUGAGAGCAUCCUGUUUGAAGCCUCUCCAAGGCGAGGCACUUGUUGAUCAAUUGUUCGGCGCGGCCUCUGUCUCAUGCUGUCUUCAUGCUGAAGAAGACUGUUUCAAAACACAAUUUGAAAUGAAGCUGUGAACCUAUUUAUGGAUCAAACACCUGUUGUGAAUGUUGCCGUUCAGCUCCAUGUUAGGGAACUGCAAGAUGCCCAAAUGUACUGCAGCGAUGAACAUGGACAUUUGCAUUCAAAAGUUGAAAGAAGGUCAUAUUAAGUUCACCUGUAAAAGUUGCUGUGCAUUUUAGAAUCAUCCUGGAAUCUCGCCCCAAAGCCAAGUCUUCAUAUGAACAGAAGGGAAACAUGUUUUACCCCGCAGAGUGAAAUUCUUGUUUCGCUCAGAACAUGGAUGGCAAUGUGUAAAAUACUAAAAGAUAAUACCGAGCUAAAAAAAAAAAAAAACAAACUACGGAAAAUACAAAUAGAGACAGAUUAUUAAAAAAAAAAGGAGUCCGAUGUGGCAGUGUGUGUCCAGAACAAGGGGAAAAUCUGAUACACUUUGGAAAAUACCGGAAAAUGGAUGCAUUUGUGCAAAUAGUGCAACACCAGGCUGUGCAAGGUCACACAGUACGUGGUGGCAUGUGAGGAGUACAAAAGAACAAUACUUAAUGUAAACAAAGUAUAAAAUACAUGACGUUGGAUUAAAUUUGUACAAUACUGUAGUUGUUGUGACUGGUCUUCACACUCAGGUUUGCGAUUUUUCCUUUGGGCACAAUUGAAGAUGUUGGUUUAUUCGUGUAAAAUUUUGGUCGUGGAUCAUAAACGUAUUCCAUUGUCUAUUCAACUGUGAAUACAAAAAUGCAGUUUGAGUGUUAAAAUACACCCGCUUGAUUUUGUGGAUGCGCCGGAUACGCUUUCCAUCGUGCCACACUGUUGAAAGGUGAUAUUUUGUAGAUUCUCCGCUCUGAAAACUCGUUUCACCUCUGUCAACAUGGUUCAGAAAAUGUAGUUUCAUAGUCAGGAUGUAGCAGAAAUGUAUUUCCUUGUGCGUCCAAACACAGCCCCCCGCGCGGCUUGCGCCGGUCCUCUUGUGAGCGUCCAGUCAACCACAUGAGCAGAAGGCAGGCAUUGAUAUUUAAUCAUGGGAAGAGGAAUUUGGUUUCCAAUCAAAUAAAAAUAAAUCAAUAAAGGUUUGUUCAUCCACGUUUUGAAAAUGUUGACUACAGUCAGAUGAAUGUGUUGACAUGCAUUUGAAAUCAAUCACUUUAUUGCAAUCGGCCCCAUUUUUGCAUGUAAACGUACCGAAUGAGUUAGGGAGUAUGAGACCCACUUAAGUCCUGUUUCAGUCCUGUAGCUCAAGUGGGAAUGCGAAAGUCUCCAUGCCUUGAGCUACUGCUGGCACCGUUCGGUGCAUGACAACAGCAUUAUGAGUCGUACUUGAAAGGAAAAUCAAAACAAGCGCCGCACGCUUGCGAAGGCAUGCAGGCCAUGUUUGUGCCUUGCAGAACUUGUUUGACCUCUCACAAGGAGGUUGCAUGUUUUCAAUGACGUUUUCGUGUUUCUUAGCUGCAUUACACAUGGACGAUGAAAGUGGUUGGCGGGGUGGGGCGCAACAGAACCAAUUACUUUACAGGAUCGAGCAUUUUUUGCCUUGAGUUCCUAUUGCCUGUCUGUUGCAUGAAGCCUGAUGACAUAUACACAGCAGGUGGGCAUCCAUGAAGGUGUAAGGCUUGGUGCUGAUCCAAAAUGGGAUUUUUUUGUGGGGGUGGGGGGGGGGGCUUUGUGGAGGUCUGCACUCAACUCAGUGGUACUGUAGUCAAAUACUUUCUUGACCGAAUUCUCAGAACAGAAAUCUAACAACUAACUUUGUGUACAUUAGUGAGAUGCUUUUAUUUUUGUACAUAGAAUACUCCCAACUGUGACAACUGCUUUUGGCCUUCAUUGGAAUGUAGAUUUCAUCACUUCUCAUUUCAGGUCAUUUGCUUCAGAGCAAUUCAGUUUGUACAAUUGCACAGUCACUUACAAAAAAAAAAAUUAAAAAAAAAAUUAUUUUCUGAUUUCAACACUUCUUAGUGUGAAUUAAAAAAGUAUAUUUAUUAGAAGGUUUUAUUAUUUUGUAAUGCAAAGUAUUUAUUUGUGUCAGUGCUGAAGACUAGGUCAGUGUCAGCCUAAAGGCAAGUAUAUUAACGUUGGAAAUAAAAUAACCUUCAUGUCUGA